UCCCUUCCCAGAGCCGGGGAGAGAACCCAGGAGUCCUGGCUCCCAGCCCCCCUGCUCUAACCACCAGCCCCCACUCCCCUCCCAGAGCCCAGGAGAGAACCCAGGUGUCCUGGCUCCCAGCCCCCCCUGCUCUAACCACCAGCCCCCAUUUCCCUCCCGGAGCCCGGGAGAGAACCCAGGCGUCCGAUCCACGCCAGGCCCUGGCUCUCAGUCUCUCCCUGCCCCCCCCCGCCCAGCUUAUCUCCUGCCCCGCCGGAGUCUCAUGUCGCUCCUGGGGGCAAAGUGCGUCGUCGUGAGUGGGACGAGGAUCCGGAGCGGGGAGCAGGCCCCCAGGGCGUGGAGUUGAUGGUGGCAGCAUUUCAGAACCGGGCGAGGGGUCCCUGGAUGAAGAGGUGGCCUGCCGGGCCCAGACUCUGUUCUCUCCUCGCAGGCGGGGGCUUUGUGGAGCCGGGCUUCCUCCAGCAGGAUGACGGGUGCUCUGAAGAAGCACCUUGAGCUGCUGAGCGUUUUUCAGUGGGUUAUGACCUUCCUCUUCUUUGGUGCCUUCUUCACGUCCCUGCUGUUCUACCUGCUCUUCACCCGCCUCUGGGCCGUCUCUGUGCUGUACUUCGUGUGGUGGGUGCUCGACCGCGACACCCCAGAAAGAGGCGGACGGCGCUCAGACUGGAUGCGACGCUGGCGAGUCUGGCAGCAUUUGACUGAUUAUUACCCUGUCAAGCUGGUGAAGACGGCAGAUCUGCCCCCCGACCAGAGCUACGUGCUGGGCUCCCACCCCCACGGCAUCAUGUGCGCGGGGGCCGCGGCCGCCUUCUGCACCGAGGGCCCCGGCUUCUCCCAGCUCUUCCCCGGCCUGCGGCCCAGCCUGGCGCUGCUGGCUGGACUCUUCCGCCUGCCCCUCUACCGCGAGUACAUGAUGGGCUUCGGGAUGUGCCCCGUGAGCCGCCCCAGCCUGGAUUUCCUGCUCGCCCGGCCCGGCAACGCGGUGGUGAUCGUGGUGGGGGGUGCGGCCGAGUCGCUGGACUGCGCCCCCGGGCAGCACCGUGUCACCCUGCGACGCCGCACCGGCUUCGUGCGCCUGGCGCUGCAGCACGGGUCUGCCCUGGUGCCCGUCUAUUCCUUCGGGGAGAAUGAGGUCUUCCGGCAGCUCGUCUUCCCGCCGGGCAGCCGGCUCCGGCACCUGCAGCUCCGCUUCAAGGACCUGAUGGGCUUCGCGCCCUGCCUCUUCUGGGGGCGUGGGCCACUGCCCUUGCCCUCGCCCAUCACCGUCGUGGUGGGGAGCCCCAUCCCGGUGCCGCGCCGCCCCCACCCCACCCACGCCGAGGUCGCUCACUACCACGGGCUCUACGUGGAGCAGCUGCGCCAGCUCUUCGACCGCCACAAAGUCAGCUGUGGGGUGCCAGCCUCCUGCCGGCUCAGCGUGGUCUAGGAACCCCCAGCCUCCUGCCGGCUCAGCGUGGUCUAGGGACCCCCGGCCACCCCCCCCCCCAGCCUCCUGCCGGCUCAGCGUGGUCUAGGGACCCCCGGCCUCCUGCCGGCUCAGCGUGGUCUAGGUCCCCUUCUCUACUACACCCCCCUGCCAGUUGAGCAUCAGUGGGGGACCCCCCCGCGCCCAGUCCACAGGGUUCUGCCUCGUCUUGGGGUCCUGCGCUCCCCACGCAGGCCCCUCCCCUGUCCAGCUGGCUCGGCGUCACCUGGCUCGCGCUGCACCCCCCUUGUCCCGCUGCUGCGUGGCCUGGGGCAGCCCCCGCUGAGGGGGGGGCGGGUCCUGCCCCUCAAUAAAAGCUCGGAGAGUUCAUUGGGCA